UCGGGGCUCGGGGGCGCGGGGAGUGUUUUUUGCAGGGAAGUCGUCUUGGCAGCAACUUUUUCCCUCUUUUUCAACGGGCGGAGGCGCGUUUGCGCCGUUGGGGAACCGUUUCGAAUCCGGCCUCCAGCGCGUACGCCUCAUGGAUCCCGAGAGGGAGAGGAGCGGGGGGCACCCCAAGAAGGGCAGGAAGAGAAGGAGGGCCCCGAACAUGCUGGUCGGGGCGGCUGAGGCGAUGAGAGCCCGUCGGGAUCUGGAGGAGAGGCAGCCCGAGGCCAAGAAAGCCCGCUUAUCUACCAUUUUAUUUGCUGAAAACUGUGAAGUAACCCACGACCAGUUAUGUGAAUUGCUGAAGUAUGCAGUUCUGGGCAAAUCCAGUGUUCCUAAACCCAGCUGGUGCCAGCUUUUUCACCAAAACCACCUGAACAGCGUGGUGGUUUUUGUACUGCAGGGAAUGAGCCAGCUACACUUUUACAGGUUCUACUUGGAGUUUGGAUUUCUCCGAAAGGCAUUCAGACAUAAAUUCCGCUUGCCACCACCAUCAUCUAAUUUUCUAGCUGAUAUCAUUGGCCUGCAAAAGAAGCAAACAACAGGAGAUCUAUCCAAGAUGGUGGAAGGGUCUUUACCUUCUGCCAGUUCAAAAGUCAGCGUCAACCUGCAGAAUGAUCCUGUUAUUCAAAAGUAUGGCUCUAAGAAAGUGGGCUUAACCAGAUGCCUUCUCACAAAGGAGGAAAUGAAAACAUUUCACUUUCCAUUACAAGGUUUUCCUGACUGUGAAAACUUUGUACCUACCAAAUGUAAUGGUUCUGUGACAGACAGCAGUCCUCUCUUUGGACUUGACUGUGAAAUGUGCCUCACAUCCAAGGGGAGAGAGCUAACCCGCAUCUCACUGGUUGCUGAAGGAGGCUGCUGUGUAAUGGAUGAACUUGUUAAACCUGACAACAAGAUUCUGGACUACCUUACCAGCUUUUCGGGAAUCACAAAGAAGAUUCUUAAUCCAGUGACAACCAAACUCAAAGAUGUACAGAGACAUUUAAAAGCACUACUUCCUCCUGAUGCUGUGUUAGUGGGCCAUUCCUUAGACUUGGAUCUCAGAGCACUGAAAAUGAUACAUCCAUAUGUUAUUGAUACAUCAUUGCUUUAUGUCAGAGAGCAGGGCAGAAGAUUUAAGCUAAAGUUCUUAGCCAAAGCUGUUUUGGGGAAGGAUAUACAAUGUCCAGAUAGGCUUGGUCAUGAUGCCACAGAAGAUGCUAGAACAACCCUUGAAUUGGCCCGGUAUUUCCUUAAGUAUGGCCCAAGGAAGAUUGCAGAACUAAAUCUGGAGGCACUAGCUAGUCACCAAGAAUUGCUAGCAACAGGCCAAGAGCUGAGAAAUACAGCAGAAAUAGUUUAUCAGCCAAAUACAAGUGUUUUGGAAUGCUUGGACUUAAUGGGUCAGAAGCUCCUUUUCUUGACCCGGGAAGCAGAAACUAGUGAACUUUGUUCUGCCAGAAACUGUCAGACUAUUAAGUGCCUUUCAAAUAAAGAGGUUCUUGAGCAGGCCAGAGUGGAAAUUCCCCUAUUUCCCUUCAGCAUCGUCCAGUUCUCUUUUGAACCCUUUUCACCCAACCUCACUGAGGAAAUGAACAAGAGGAUGAGGAUUAAGUGGACAGAGAUGUCGACUGUUUAUGCUGGGCCAUUUAGCAAAAAUUGCAACCUCAGGGCUCUGAAAAGGCUGUUUAAGAGCUUUGGCCCAGUCCGGUCCAUGACUCUUGUUCUUGAAACCCAUCAGCCACAUCUCUGUAUACAAUAUGAAGUCCUGGAAGCUGCCCAGCUGGCCAUAGAAUCCUUGGAUGGCAUUCUGGUGGAAGGUGCCUGCAUCAAGGUGCAGAGGCCUGUGACAGAGCUCACCCUUGAUUCUAACACUCUUGUGAAUGAGCUAGAACAAGAUUCUGAGAACCGAGGUACAAUAUACCUGUCUGGAGUGAGCGAAACCUUCAAAGAACACUUACUACAACAGUCCAACCUCUUCCUUGGCUUGGAAGCGGUCAUCCUGCCUAAAGAUCUUAAAAGUGGAAAGCAAAAAAGAUACUGUUUCCUGAAAUUCAAAACUUUUGGCAGUGCCCAGAGGGCCCUCAACAUUCUCAAAGGCAAGGACUGGAAGCUGAAAGGCCGGCAUGCCCUAACCCCCAGGCAUCUCCAUGCUUGGCUCAGGGGCUUGCCUCCUGAAUCAAGAAGGCCCCCAGGGGUUCGUGUCAUACCUCCCCCCUCUGAGCAGCAGGCCUUACAGGCUCUGAAGAUGGACCACCCAAAGAUAGCAGCCUGGCGCUGGGGCCGGAAGAUAGGAAAGCUCUACCACAGCCUGGGCCCAGGCACACUCUGCCUCAUCUUGCUGCCAGGAACCAAGAGCACUCACGGAUCAUUCUCUGGCCUAGGACUGAUGGGAAUAAAAGAUGAAGAAGAAAGCACCACGCCAAACAUGUGUGCGUGAGUCUGCCCAUCAUUUUCCAUGUGCCAUUAGCCCUCACGGGCAGUGGCAGAGAAUGUGGUCAGGCUGCAGCCUCUCUAUCCAGCACACAGCUUUUGUGGAAAAUGGCGUACCACUUAAGAAGUUCGGUCCAUUUAUAUAUGGCAUGUUCAAAUUUUCAAUAAAUGCCUAAAAUUUGAGCAUUCUCCUCUUAAGACAGGGUGAGAAGGAAACCA